GCAUUUGAUAACAAUGGAAAAAUACCGGGUUCCACGUGCAUCAUUCACUACUUUAUACACACAUCGUCGUACUCGUAUUCGUAGAUCGUACGUGCAAGAUAUUGGCGCGGGAUCUUAGUAGUAUCGGAACCAACGUACUUGGUCUUCCGCCUCAAAAGGGUCAUUUUGCUUCAGGGAACCAGAAUAUUGGAGAGUGAUUUAAGUGGUCAAGGCUUUCCAUCUGAUAUUUCAAAAAGCAUUGUCCUUUGAAGUGGAAUGAAAGAUCAAGUCAGUGGAUUUGCAGUUAGUCUCAUCAAAGGAUAGUGUUCUCCUGUGACUCUAAACUGCCUGAUUAGAGGGACAUUUGUCAGAUUUUGUGUUGGCAAGCCAAAUUGCAGACCAAUUCCUUUGGGAUAUGAGCUUGGGGUUGAAGAUUGAAAGCCAGGAAGAUGCAGCAGAGUAACGAAGAGCGUCUGAACAUGCUGGAAGACAAAAAUGAGACCAUUGAAGAACGGCGAGGCAGCAACAUCAGCGACUCGUCGGAGAGCGCCUACAGCAGCAACGGCAUCGCUCCAAACCUACCCAACCACCAUGAGCGGAAGGAGUCGGUGCGGUCCUACCGGCUGCGUCGCAAGCUGCGACGACGCAAGCAGAUGCAGCGCUUGGUUAGCAAGGACGGCGUCUGCAAUGUCGAACACACCCACGUAAAGAACUUGGGCGCGCGCUUGUUCGCCGACAUGUUCACCACCUUGAUUGACCUGCGGUGGCGCUACAACCUGAGCGUCUUCACAUUGGCGUACGUGCUCAGUUGGUUCCUCUUUGGCAUCGUGUGGGUAAUAAUCGCUGCAGCCCACGGGGAUCUUUACUAUCAGAGUCAUAACGUCACAGACCCAGAAUGGCAACCCUGCGUAGAAAACGUUGAUUCCUUCACAGCCUCCUUUCUGUUUUCAGUGGAAACGCAAACGACUAUUGGUUAUGGUGGCAGGAGUGUGACUGAAGCCUGCCCUCACGCAAUACUCGUCGUCGUCAUUCAGUCCGUCGUAAGUUGUUUGAUAGACGCUGUGAUGAUCGGCUGCAUAUUUGCGAAGAUCGCUCGCCCGAAGAAGCGGGCUGCCACGCUCAAAUUCAGUAAAAACGCCGUGAUUGCUCAGCGCGAUGGACGAUUCUGCUUUAUGUUUCGCGUGGGCGACAUUCGCAACUCCCACCUCUUUGAAGCCCACUUACGGGCAUACCUCAUCAAACCGCGGGUCACUGCUGAAGGGGAAAUCAUUCCACUGCACAGUUUCAACAUGGAUUUAGAGUUCGACACAGGAGAGGACAGGAUAUUUCUAGUAUGGCCCCUUAUAAUAUGCCACGAAAUCAACCAAGACAGUCCAUUGUACGAAUACACUGCGAAGGGGCUGGACAACGCAGACUUCGAGAUUGUCGUCAUCUUAGAAGGCAUCGUCGAGCAGACAGGUCUAACCACGCAGGCCCGGACCUCCUACCUCCCCUCGGAGAUAAUGUGGGGCCACCGCUUCGCCAGCUCUGUGGUCUUUCUGAAGAGCGAGAACGACAAACAGUACGACAUUAACUACUCCAAGUUUGACCAGAUCUACCCGGUGCCUGAGACGCCGCGCUUCAGCGCAAAAGACAACGACGCGAUGGAGAGACGAGCAGCCUCCCUCUCGGAACCUGCUAGUGACCCGCUAGAGUCCCUCCGGGACUACAUACUGAAAGUCAUGCGAGAAGCGCGAAUUGAUGAGGUGGAGAAAGAACAGGAUGCGGACAUCCGAAACCGGAUAUACAACAAGAGAGUGGAGGCCCUGACGUCGCGGGACAAGACGCGAUUUAAGAGUCGCAGCAGCGAACACCUGUCGGUCAACCGGGCCAAGAACGCUUUUCCUCUUGUAACGGCCAAGAGCGAGUCCAUUGAUAGGAUGGUGCUCAACCCCGAUGACACUUCUUACCAUCGGAGCACCGGCCGGAAUUCCAGCGACGGAAACGUCAGUCCGAUCUCCAGAGAGUCUCAUGUAUGACACACAAGGUUCAGGGCAAGUUGAUUAACAGUCGGCUGUUGCCAAUUUGGAGGAGGCCGACAUUCUUCAUAGCACCAGUAUUCUCACGGGACGCCAUGUCUGCUCAUCCAGCCGAGUUCAGGGACCUGAGAUAGCGAUUCAAGGCAUGGCCAGUAGGUUAGCAUUGACGACAUCCGAAAGACCUGUAAAAUAUGCUACAACUGUGCAGACGGAUCGUGCCGCCUGACUGUUCUCGUAAAUUUAUAAAUCUUCAAGGGAGUUAACAUGAGUUAAUUAAGAUCUACGUAGAGUAUGCACAGGAAUCCAAGUUUCAAAUCUUCUACUAUUAUAAUAAUGUUGAAGUAAAAAGCUAGUAAAUGAAUAUGACCUUGCUGUGGUCAAAAUGUGAAGCCACUUGGGCAUUAUUUUUUGGAAUAAAUCUUUUUUUUAAACAAGUUUAUACCAACCCUAAUAUUUUCCAGUCAUGUCUAAGACUGGAAAACAGAAAACAUACGGUACAGAUACAGGACAUGCAGAAGAUGUCCGUGGACCUUUGAACCAAUGUGAUGGUCAGCAACAUGUGCCUGUGCAUUCUGCUUGUUUGCAUGUCAAAAAUCAACUGCAUGUCCUCUGUACAUGUUUGAGAUCCAAAAUUGAGAUUAACCUACUUCUAGUAAGAAUGACUUCUAUGAUGCACUGUUCCACUUCUCAUCUUUACACGUAUCAUAGGUCAUCUUCUAUGGAACUGCUAAGCAUUUUUAUGAGCACCAGCAGUUUUUGUCUUAGCCAAAAACUGGAUACCAACCAAAGUGCCCUGGGAUGUGAAUUGUUUCUGUUGAUUUGUAAGCGUUUAAAGUUACUGAGCAAUAUAUUUCACAUGUACAUGUACAUGAAUUUGGGUCCAGGUACGGUGCUGCGUACCUUCGAAAGGGUAACACCAGAAGUACAACUGAAGUUUUGAAUAAACGAACACAUACAUGUAAGUCGUGCAAAGUCAUAAAAACCUACAGCAAAGUUUGGACAUGCAGUCCGACAAAAUGUUGACACAUUUACACCUAUGAAAAAUGUUUGAAUUUAUAAACUCACAAAAUUGUGGUAGAAUGAUAAUGUAUGCACAUGAUAGGAUCCUGAAGAAAAUUGACCCGGUUCCAUUGUAAUUCCUUUGCUAUUAUUACACACUUUUUUAGAAGGAAACAUUCAAUGUAUCUCAUUAUUUUGGACAGUUAUUUGGUAAUUGUUUUAUAACUUUGAAAGAGAUAAUGUCAAAGUGAAAUGUCACCAAUACAAUCUCAUUGAUAAUCUAAUCACAGUUUCUAGUUCGGCAGUAAUUAGUAGUAUUGUCAAUUUCUUUUUAAAUUUAAACACGGAUGUCAUUCUCUUCGAAAAACCUUUCAAUUAUGUUCUGACAGCUGAUGUCCAGGUGUGCAUACAUUCUUAUUUUCAAUUUAUUUCAACAAUAACGGCAUUAAUUAUGGUGAUGUAAUUCUAGACCAAAACCACCCACACACAUUAGCCUUACAAUAGAAAGCAUGCAUAGCCACCAUAUUAACCUAUGUCAAACGUAAACUGACCUAAAAGUUUAACCGCCACCUGAUUUUUUUUUAAUCUCGCUAAAACCGUGAUAAGUUUAACCGUCUGUUGUCGGUUUACCACUUCCUGCAUUUUCUAAAUUGGUACCCCCAAAUGCCUCUGAAAUCCUAUUAGCAUGUACAUGUAUACAAUACACGUUUACAACACAAAGUGUGUGGGAGAACUUGAGUCCAUAAAGAAGGGAUAAGUUGUGCUUGCAAUACUUUUCCCGCUUUUUUAUAUGGCCUUUUGGCUUUUGUAACAAAAGAAUAUGAUGAUUGAAAAGAGCUUCAAGUAUAUUACUUAGGGAGAAAUAUUGUUCAUAAAAAUGAGGACUUAAAUUCUGUUUUGUUUGAUGUGUACUUUCUCACUUUGCAAUUCAAAUGUUCAAGGAUAUCAUCCAACAUGGGAGGUGCGAGCACUGGCUCUUUAAAAUUUCAAGUGAUUUUUACACAGUCCAACUUCCUGUAAACAUCCAUUGUGCGGCAUUCCCUCCAUCUCUUUAAUGGGCCCCAGAAAUAGACUAAUGCAACUUGCAAGCAAUUUGCAAGUCAGUCCAUGCGGGCCAGAAUCCAUUCAGUUAAAGUUGAUGCGUGAAGCUUGUGUGUAUGUGUUGGAAAAUGCCUAGAAGACAUCAGCGCAAAACGGACGCAAAGCUAGUGAUGCAUUAAAUACUUCAUUGAACAGUGUCUAAUUGAUUCAGUUAUCAAACUCUCCAAGGGUUGUCAUUUUGAUGCCUGUGGUGGUGAAUUUUCACAACAGUUUUUGCCAUUUGUUUUAAAUUUAAUGGGGGAAAAAGUUAGAAUCCUAAGCUUUUCCAUGCUUGCUGUCUUGACUCAGAUUUAAGACACAAAGAAAAGUCUUCAUGGAGACCAUUUAAGCAGUCUAGCUUUAAUGUCAAUAAUUGUAUUUUAAAACAAACAAGCAAAAUAUCCUGAAUGCAAAAUGAAAAUAAGUGGAUGUGCACCAGUAGUGCAUUAACUUUCAUUAGUAGAAGGUUUUUCUUGUUGUUACCUUUAAGAUUAUUGUUAUCAUUAAUCUUUAACCAUUAGACAGCAAUAAAUGAAAUCGGGUUUCGAUGUGAAGACUUCCAGAUUUUGAAGGGGAAAAAUGCUUGAAAAAUUAAUGUACAAAUGCACUUUCUUUUCUCCAGAGAUGUUUGUACACGACUACCAAAUUUAGGCACGCUUCCAUGAUUUUGUUUUUCUUGUGGGGCUUGGCUCAUUUUUUUUUAUGAAUACAUCUAACACAUGUAGCACAUUUUGAGCAACAGCUGAUGUGAAAUAUUGUUGUCUAUUCCAAGAUAACAGAGUGAGGGGUUCAGGGAGGGGGCUGCUUUGAUCCUGUCCCCUUCCUGAACCCGCAUAACCAUUUCCCCGUCUGUUCACAAACUGAAAUUGGUCUGAAGAAUCCUGAGCGUCAUCAGACUAUAAACCUAUAAAUAUCUCAAACAAAUUCCCUUCAGGCCUUCGCAGCUUGUCAGAUUUUGAAAUACCAAUAAGUCAUACUGUGAGUCGUACACACACGCACACAAACGUGUGUUCACCGUCGAUCGUGGACGUCCUAUUGUCCCUCUUUUGUUUGUACUCCAACUUUUUAUGAAGACUCCCAUAGGUUUUGUACAUGACCCCAAUCGCGGACGUAUGCUGGGAAUCGUGGACGAUAUUGUUCUCUGGUAUUUUUCGUCCACGGUUUGAAAAGAUGAACACGUACACAGAUUCUUGUUCCAUAGUUGUGGGGACUACACACGAGCUGUCCCAUGGUGCUAUGGGGACUGAAGACGCUGUGGGGACAGCGGUAUAAAUUCCCCACAACUCUGUCCUAAUUAAUUACCCUAACAAUAAAGAACUUCCCCAUGACGUGGUGACGGCCCGCCCACACACACACGCGCGCGAUGCACGUGUCGGAUGCAAAGUUUAGGAUGGCGUCCUGUGCACCUGGGGCAUGAAAUGUCGCACACAUUGCUGAUGGAUUUGUAGCGUAAACGCGGCAAUUCUCACACAUGGUUUCAGAGUUGCACCCGUGGGAGCUGACCAUCUGUUAAAUCCUGUUGUUGUACACGUACUUGUAUAAGGAGGAUAGCGUCAGCUGUAACAGCGAAAGCAGCUGACUAUUAUAUUUGCUUAAUGGCAAAAUCUAGUCACUUGUAAUUGAUGUCAAUAAAUCGGUUUCAAUUAUCCAGCUUGACUACCCUGAAUGAGUGGCUUUCAAUGAUUGCCCCAAUUUGCUGAAAGUUUUAACACAUAAAUUCAAAAGCGCAGCUGGUGGAUCAAUUGAUGGCAAUUACAUGUUUGGCUGACGAUCAAUUGGAUUUGAUCUUAUAAAUCAAUAUUCCUGUUAGUCAAGGUGCGCAUGUUUGAUUUGUUCUGGGAAGUACAUAAUAAAUAAUAAUUAACAUGUAAUUUGGACCUGAAAAUACUGAUCAUUGUUCCAAAAAACACAAGCUAAUAUCAUUGCAGUUGCAACCUGGACACAUGCCACAUGCAAGUUUAUAUCAUGAAAAAGCAUUAAUGCUAGUUCACAUUUCCUUUUGGGUGGCAACCAUGAUUUUAAUUUUGUGGUAAUUUUUUUUUUUUGAUUGAGUUUUCAGUUAGCAGAAAAAGGAAAGGCUUUCUCCAAUUAUCUUGAACAGUUUCAAUUUUCUCAAUCGACUGAGUCACCAUCCGACACAGAGUCUUAAUGAAAAGUUUGCUAAUAAGAAAGAGCAGGAAAUUUGUUGGAAAGAAAAUGCCGUCUGGGUUCACAUAAAAAUGUCAUAAUUUAAAAAACAUCAACAGCUGUUAUUUUCUGUUGCCUUCAUUGCAUAAGUUUGAAUACAAUUGUUGCCUCCUUAUCUCACACUCCUUAAUUUAUUGAUGUUGUUAUUGUUGACAAAAAUUGGUCGAUACAUUACCAUCUGAAACGUGUUCUCAGAGUGGUCACCAUGUUUUCAUUUGUGACUGUCCGGGGAAAAAUACCUCAAUUCCCUGUCGGCAUUCGAUCAUUAUAUCUCCUCCAACAAUAGCAAAGAUUUUACUCAGGUGUCCAUUUGUCCUUGAUAUUUUAUUUCCUAUUGUUGCCCAUUAUUUGCUCUUCAUGUUCUCUAGAACUCCAUAAAGCUAAAAACCCUGUGUAAAGACUUCGGCAAACACGAACAUCUAAGUGACACAGAGGUAUUGGGUACUUCAAAUAUCUUUGAAUUGGAUGAUGCUUUUGGGAGGCUAUUCAGAUGAAAGGAUGUUGGGGAAUUAAAGGAUUAAUCAGUUUCACGAA